CCAGAACACCGCUUUGGAGCAGAUGGCUGGUACUAAGAGUUUUAGAAUUUACUGACAUCUGCUCAACACAUUGAUUGUCGUGAAGAUGGAUAACUUUGAAGAUCAAGAAGAUGUACUAGUCGUGAUUCGCAUUCGGAAUGAAAAAAUAAGUACGGAUCUUGUAGUAUUCGUGAGUGGAAUUUCUGUGAAAAGCGCCGUCACCUACUCCAAUCAAAAACCUAAACCCCACUUCUUUCAGGCACUACGGAGGUGCUUCUGUCCCUUCUCGAGACCAUCCGGCGGUGUGCGGAGAGCAUCGCCUGCCCCGACCUGGAGCAGCACCCUUCCCGAGACCCCUUCUUUGACGAACAGCACGACGGCAGCCGCUUGUCUUUCGUGAUCACCGACCGGGAGGAAUUGCUCGGGCUCUCCGACCUGCGUCACCAGCUGAUCGAGGGUUGUCUGGACCUCAUGUCCCAGCGAAAGAAACUCCAGGACCGCUUAACCCAAUACCGCCAAACGGUCCUCACGCCGCAGACCCCGGCCCCGCAAAUCCAGCUCCUCGGCGGAGUUACGAGUAACGGGCAAAAGUUGCCGAGGGAAACGGUGAGCGCGAUCGCGAGUCUGCUGGCUUUGUCGACCGACGUCCCGCCGAAUCUGUACGUCAAAAGCCUGCAGUCCGCGUUGGAGUGGCUGGUGGAAGGCACAAAGGAAGAUGGUAGUAUUGUUCCACCAGGUAGUAGUACAACCACUUCUAGAGGUGGAACUGGAACUGUCACAAGUCCAAGCAGUGCAGCUGCGAAAGUAAAAAAUGCGUCAAAAACUACGACGCCGAAAAUGAUGGAGGAUGAAAUGACGGACGCAGUGUGGGAAAAAGUCACUACCGUCGGCGAGCUCGUCCGGGUUCUGACGCUGCAGGGCCAAUCCUGGCUGUCUGUCCGUGCGAUUUCCAAAGCGAUCGUCGAGGCUUUGCUGCCGUUCGCAGAGCGACUGCUCUACCGCUGGGUGAUGACGCAUUUGCUGCGGGUGGUGUGCGAGAACAGCCCGAUUUUGGAUCCAAUCGGGAUUCCGGACGAAGACACCGCCGAGGACAAGGCGGAGCAGCUGCUCGGCCGAGCAGGCGACUCCACGCAGAGUGGCGGGUAUGAGGCCGUGGCGGCGAACGCGGUUGAUUUAUUUCUUGGAGAUGAAGAUGACAGAGGGCGACGAGAAAGUCAGAAUGAUAAUCUCCUCCAAGGAGAAAGCGAGGAGGAGGACGGCUUGGAUCUAGGCGCGGGAGCGACGAGAACAACCGCAACGGUCGCUACUUCGUCCGUCGCAAUGACUACAACCGGAGGUCAUGCGGCGUCGACGAAUCUUCAGACGCGGAGCCGGGACGUGAGUCCGACUUUUUCUUCGGUACAAACACCCCAAACGCAAGCGAACAAUUUCGGUACAGAUUUCGCAGCCCUCGAUGA